ACUUACACGGAAACGGUGGGCACCCAUUUGACCUUUGAUAGGAUGGGCCUUUGAAGGAACGGGGGCUAUAAACCCCACACAGAGAGCUGGGAAAUGUGGCUGGACAGAGGGAACUCAGAUGCUUCAAAGCCUUAUUAAAAAUGUUUGGGUCCCCAUGAAGCCCUACUAUACCCAAGUUUACCAGGAGAUUUGGGCAGGAAUGGGGUUGAUGGGCUUCAUCGUUUAUAAAAUCAGGAGUGCUGAUAAAAGAAGUAAAGCUUUGAAAGCUUCGAGUCCUGCGCCUGCGCAUAGUCAUCAUUAACCAGCUUUCCUGGAGUGCACAUCAGAUGGAAUGUCAGUCUGUCUGUUUCAACAAACUGUGUUAGAUGGGAAUGUGGGACAUGGCUGUACACUUGUAGAAAUGCUAUUUCCUUUGUGGAGUGAAUAAAUGUACCUGUAAGAUGCACCGCUGCCUGCUCUGGGGUUCCUCUCGCUCCCUGUGUGCCCGUCGUGCCCUGAGUGGAUCGCUGUGGCGCAGCAGGUGCAACCGAGUCUCACUGAGGUGUCCAUCCUUAGGAAACCUGAGGAACCGAAGAAUAAAUAUCUCGAUUGUCGUAGGAGUUGGGGAUCAGAUCUAGGCACUCACACUGCUGAUGUUCAAUAAACAUUUGUUAAACAGGU